AUUUAGGCAUCUUCACGCUUCUGGACUCUGGGGCAGCACCAUGGGUUCCGCAAGAAGAAUGCUCCAGCCCCUUUCCAGAAGUGUAAGGGGCGCCAAGAUUCCUUCUUCAUCUAUCGUGGCCACUGCAAGGGCACUGCCCACAGCCUCUUGCUCGUCUCGGCUCACACCCCUUGUCACAAGAUCAAGAUUUUGCCCCGCCUCGGAGACUGCAGCCCACCCAUACUCAUCCAGGACGGCACCAUACAGAGCUUCAGACAUCUCAUCCGAUGAAUACCACAAGCUUUCGGAUCGAUGCCUGGAUUCGCUGACCGACUGCCUCGAGGUGCUCACCGAGGAGUACGUCGGGCCCGACGCAGAAGAGUUCGAGGCUGAGUACUCUUCUGGCGUCCUCAACCUCCGACUGGGGAGCAACGGCACAUACGUCAUAAAUAAACAGCCACCCAACAAGCAAAUCUGGCUCUCGAGUCCUCGAAGCGGCCCCAAGAGGUUCGACUACGACCGACAAAAGGACACCUGGUUCAUGAUAAAAGAGGGCGAGCUGUCAACGAUGCGAGACCUUCUAGAGAACGAGCUGUCUGACAUUUUUGGCAAGCCGAUCACCGUCGACCUUGGUCAAGGGUAAAUGGGAAAUCGAUUAUGAGAAUCUGUUCUUUUAAUACACCUCGGAAAGAGUCAAGAG